CUGGGUUCCACAUCGUCAACCAAUACGAAUUUAUCAAAACGAAAGAGUCAAGAGUAUUUAAGUGAUUCUGAUAAACGAAAUCGUGCAGAUGUUUCUGACGAAAGUGAUUCCGAUAAACGAAACCGUGCAGAUAGUUCUGACGAUAAUGGAGCUAUUAUUGAAAACGAGACGCCUAGUAGAAGUCCACAAACCGAUUUAUCGUAUAUUCCACACUCUUCACCCCCGUCUUCUAGUUCCUUCGAAAUGUCCAAUAAAGGCAAACCGUAUAUGUUGAAUUAUUUCACCGGCCCUGGAAUAAUCGAGUGGGAUUUAUCUGAAUCUUCGGACAAAGCAAGUAUUUGCAUUCCUUGGGUUUUACGUGAUGUCGACAUUUCAAGUAUAUGCUUGAAUUAUCGUAAAAAUGUUAUUGAAAAAUGUGAAUCAUUGACGGAAAAACCAAAUCAAUAUGAGAGAAACAUGGCUAUAAAAAAGUAUUUAAAUAAUUGCGAAAAUUCAAGUGAAGAUGAAAUAAUGAUCGAUACCAUUAUGGAUUGGGCCAAUAAAAUGUCAACAUCAUCAGCAAUGCAAAAAAGACUCUUUGACCCAGUUCUUACCGGCUCUAAACCGGAUUUUACUGUUCGCACAAUUAAUCCUAACAAUUCUAUAGAAUUACUAAUAGGCGAAGUAAAACCGCCCAAUGCAAAACAUACUUUUGUUGAUGAAGACUUGGGAGCUGUUCACUAUCAGUCCAUUGUAAGACACAAUACAAAUAAAGAGGUAUCUGGAAAAGCAAAAUGGAUGCGGCCUAUGUUUCAUACUCCUAUGAGAAUACCAUUGUCUUCUGCAUAA